AUGUACAACAACUUUCAGGACUUGAUAUCUGUGCCCUCAUUCCGCUCACAAAACGAUGAAGAACAUCACACGCAGCAUGAUGGUGCAUUAUAUGAUCAAGCAAAGAGUGUUAUAUCUGGCGCUGUAGCGGGCGCCGCAACCGUCGUUGCAGGUCAUCCGUUCGACACGAUCAAGGUCCGGUUGCAAACGCAAAAAUGUCGUACGGACUUGUCAAUGACCGCCUGCUUCAAGACAACCAUCCAAAGACAUGGGUUUAGGGGGCUUUACAGAGGCAUGGGAUCUCCACUACUUGGUGUCACACCGCGGUAUGCGUUGAGAUUCUGGGCGUAUGAUAUUGGUUGUCACUUGAUGUAUGCGCCGUCGUCAACAUCUUUACCAGAAUUGAGCGUCUCCCAAUCGGCCUUUGCAGGUGCUUUGGCCGCUAUCCCUUCGAGUAUCGUCACGGUCCCAACCGAACAGAUCAAGGUUACAAUGCAAACACAAGACCAUCACGCACCUACACAGAAAUAUCAGCGUACAUACGGGAUAUGGAACGCGACCAGAGAACUCCUUCGUGAAGGUGGACUGAGAGCUCUUUAUAGAGGGACGUGGGCAACGUUGGCUAGGGAUGUGCCUGGAUUUGCGGCGUAUUUUGUGGCAUAUGAGGUUGUCCAUCGGGCGGUGGCAGGUGAAGAAAAGAAUCCUCGAGAUCUUUAUAUAGCUGUGCUUACUGCAGUUCUUGGAGGUGGAUCGCUAUGGGCAUUGGCGAUUCCUCCAGACGUGAUAAAAUCUCGCAUCCAGUCAUCCCCACCUGGUACCUAUAACGGCUUUUCCGACGCGGCAAUUCGCAUUCUACGCCAGGAGGGUGUAGGUGCUUUGUUCAGAGGAACCACGCCAGCGCUGCUGCGAUUAAUUCCGGCGAAUGCAGCAGGCUUUUUGGGUCGAAUAGGAGCCCUAGCCAUCAUGAAUCGAUACUGCCAGCCCAAGCCCGCCGCAGAGAUGUCUUCCCCAUUUGUUCACCCAUGCACGCUUCCCAUCGAAAUUAUCGAUGAAAUAUUAACCCAUCUUCCGGUUCACGACCUCUUCACACUUGGUAAGGCGAAUAGAGAACUCUGUGCUUACAUUGGUUCUCGGGUGAAGACGAUUGUUAAGAGAAGAUUGGAUGCGGCAAUGAUACAGAGGAACGAGCAGAAGGGCGUGGAGUGGUUGAGAGGGGCGAUCAAAGGUGUUCGGGCGGAUCUCGAUUGGGUCGACGACACAGAACGGAGGUCAUGUCUUCGCCCCUAUUUAGAAACGCUUUGGAAAGGCUAUCUUAGUGAAAAGGAGAAGGCGAUUCUCAGUCUCAUCCCGCCUACCACUACUUCAUCAGUACUUCCCAUCAUAUUUUUGUCGUGGACGGUUCGAUACCCAAUGGGCUCUAGCUGGCAAACCAUCUACAGUACCCAUCUCUACAUGGACGUUCCAGCAUCUCUCUGCGCCAUGCUUGACCUCCCUCCCAAUACCGCUCAAGUUCAAAUAAUGGAAGUCACUAAGUAUCAAGCAAAGAUUGCCAAGGGCGUAGUGGUGGCCCUGACAGAGUACUUUAACCGGUUGGGAUGGAAGGGAACUGUGCGAACAUUUUGGGAAGGCCUGCUUGACGGGACCGAUGGGCGGGAAUUAGUGGAUACCCAUCCGUGUUUGCAAGGCGACAUGGUGGAGAAGUGGACGAAAGGUGAUACAAGUGGUUGUCUGAACGAGAGGUUUUUGGACGAGCACGAGUCAUACAUUGCCACCUUACAUCCGGCGCUCCCCAUUCUCCGUGCGCUUCUGGCCCAUCUAUCCCGGCACUCAAUACUCGCCGUGCUGACCGACUUGGACGUUCAAUGUACGAACAUCCUCCACGACAAGCACGCACUGCUCAAAAGAUGCCAGACUCUGCAUUACCCGUUAAAGGGGAUAGAGCAAAGAUAUUUUGACGCAUUUCAAAGGAUUGAAUGGAAGGGUGGCAGCUGGAAGCGGACACCUAUUUUUGACGAUUGGUAUAGGGCCUAUGCGGGAAGGGAGGAUGAUGUUUGUGGAGAAAUCCGUGGAGAGACACGCACUGGGAUGUGGCUAUCUGUUAAACUCAAAUGCUACGACUACACGUCCUAUACUCGCGGCCCACACUUUGGUACCUCUUUCACAUGUACAUCCCCUUCCGAGACGAUGGAUCUCCUUACCGUUGAAGGAAUCGCUCAAUUUGCAGUUACCGUGGGACUCGCUGACGCUAGUAGUGCCCCGAAUUGGGACGAUCGCUUACUCUAUGUUGUGUUUGUUUGUUGUGUGCCCUGUGAUACUCCAAUGGAAUGGGUUUGGGCGCUCUGGAAUGAAGUUAAACGGAAAGUCAGGGUUGCAGGACAUUCAGUUCUGUGA